GUUUGACUUUGAAAAGAACUCAAGAGAUCAACGAGCAGUGAAGAAACUAUAGUAUAUUUCCAUCCUUGUGGAGAGGACUGGGAGACUUUUCCCAUAAUGACACCUCAUCUCUGAUGUGCCGAGCCAGCCUGGGUUGAUGAAGUAUAUCCCCUGACAGGAGUUUGAGGUGCACAUGAGCCUGAGAUCUUCACGUGUCGGAUAGUUCUGACAGUCCGGAGGACAUGGAGCGCAUGAGGAGGAAUAAAGUGGAGCAGGGGGGACAGACGCACCAGGUCCUACAGGGCACUCCGUUAGACCUGAUCGAGACUGGCAAGUCCCUGAGAGUCCAGGCAGAACGCCCCCACCUGGUUAGUCUGGGAAGUGGACGACUGAGCACGGCCAUCACUUUGCUUCCACUGCAGGAAGGAAGAACCACACUGGGCAGUGGGGGCACAGAUAUCCCCCUGCAGGGCCACGGCAUCGCAGAGCAGCACUGCUACAUUGAAAAUGAGGCAGGCGUCAUCAUUUUGUACCCAUGUGGGAACCAGUGCGCUGUGGAUGGCCUCCCCAUCACCAGACCUUAUCGCCUAACACAAGGCUGCAUGCUGUGUUUUGGUCAGUCUGCCUUUUUCCGCUUCAACCAUCCAGAAGAGGCCGUGAGGAUGAAGAGCAUGCUGCCCGGGGGGGGAGGAGGAGGCAGGGAACUCAGCACCACAAAAACUCUUCCGGCCGACUCACACAGUGUGUUUAACGGCAGCCAUCAGUCCUUUUCAAGCAAUGGCAGUUCUAAUAUCAACAACAUUGCCAAGACCCUCCAGUGCUCCUUGAUGGUCAACACAUCAUCCUGGUCAGGACCUGGGAAACAGCCGCUUCCUCAGCCGUCUGCUCCAAACAUGCUCAAUGGAAGAAACAGCUCCACAACAGAGGACUGCAUUUAUGAAAACAUCAGAGCCUUGGGAAGCCAGAACCUUGAGGACAUAGCCCCUCCGGUACCUGCCCGGUCCACUCACACCAACCACACUCCUGUCCCCAAUCCACGGAGCUCGCUGUCUGUCGCCUCGAGCAGUGCUGGCGGUGGUCACAGAGUCCAGGAGAGCCCAAAGCUUCUCAGGAAUGUAAGAUCCACCCCCACACCACAGAACUCAGGGUCAGGACAGGGCACACAAAACUCUAGCCCAACUCCCAAAUCAUCAUCUGCUAAAUUUUCCCCAGCGGCUCCCCCCAGCCCUCGAGUAAAAGGUUCCUCUCUACAACACAGAUCCCCCAGCCCCAUGCGAGAGCAGGGUCAGUUUGUCACCAGUGUAGAAGUCCCUCAAAGGCUCAGGACUCCAGAGCUGCUUGUGCCCAGCGGCCUGAGAGAACUUCCUCCUGUGGGCCCCAGCAAACUCACAACAAAAGCAGAGGCCAUGAGGGCGCUGUACUCCCAGAGUCCAUCACCACUCUCUGGGUUGGAGAAGGAGCCUGAAGGCAGGAGAUUAAGGCCUGGGCCAGGAGUUACCAUGGUUUCAGGUCUGGGGACGUCUCCUCUGGCGAGCCCUCAUAGCCAAAGGAAAACCUCCUGCUCGAACAUGACGGGAUCCUCCACCAAGGAACACAACCUAAUGAAGCCAUAUGCACGGGAGCGCAAGAACAGCAUCUCCGAGAUCAGCGACAAUGAGGACGAGUUGCUGGAAUACCACCGCUGGCAGAGAGAGGAGAGGCUGCGUGAGCAGGAAAUGGAGAAAGUGGAGCGGCAGAGGCUGGAGACCAUCCUCAAUCUGUGUGCAGAGUAUAAUCAGGAGGGCAGUGCCGUGGAGUUGGCCGAGAUGGUGAGGAGUGGGCUACUAGGGGGCGCUGUGGGAGUCUGCCCAGGCACAGGAGAUGGGGUGUUCCUCCAGGGUGGAGACGGGCCUCAGAGGGCGAGGCAGAAUGAUGAGGACACCCAGAGAGAGGAGUCCAGCAGCACAGAGAGCACACACCAAGACGUAAGAAACACACUCAUACACAUGGAGGGAGAGAAUAUCAUUGUUUUGGGUUUUUCUCUGACAAGUCUCUUUUCACGAAUCUGGUGUCAGUGUGAUGAGCUGAUGGCUGCUCAGGAGCCCGUGUGCGUGGAGGAGGAGAGGAGCAGGAUAUUGUUCAGAGUUGAUGACUUGAAGCACAGAGUCAGUGAACUGGAGCAGCAGCUACAAGAGACCAAACAGGAGGCGGAGAUGGAGCAGGCUCUGCUGCAGGCCGAGAGGCAGGCAGAGCAGGAGCAGGUGGAGGCUGAGAGUGACAUCAUCUCUCAGCUGCAGCUCAAACUCAGCCAGCUGGACAACGCCGUCCAGAGAGAGAAGGACGAGGGCAGGGCUAAUGUGUCGGCUCAGCGGAAGGCCCUGGAAAAGCAGAGGAAUGAGUACAAUGAGCUGAAGAGGCAGUUUGAUAAGUGCCCCUUGUCUCUAAGGGAACAGUUACAGGAGCAGCUCAGCAGGAAAGCUGAAGCUGUGGAGUGUGGGACCAAGCAGUUUGAGGAGCUGGAGUUCUGCCAGCUGGAGGAGGAGAGCAGUUUGGAGGAGAAGAAGGACACGCAGAGCUCGCAGCUUCUCCAAGAGAGGGCAGAGUACCACUGCAGCGUGGCCCGGAGGAAGGAGAAGAUGGCCACAAUGGAGGCUCAGGUGAAGCAGCUGGGGCUACAGGCCGCGCAGGACUGUGAGAGGAUGGUUAGAGACAGGGCGGUGGCUCUGCAGCUGUUACACAAGGAGCAAGACAGGUUGUGUGCUCUGGAGAAGAGGCACCACACAUUGGGCGGAGAGAGAAGUUACCUGAAGCCCAGCAGCAACAUGAAGGAGGAUUUGCUUCACAUCAGCGAACCUGACCUUGUUUAUGUGGACGGUCCUCCUGAUAGCCCCUGUCCCUCCUCUGCCUCCUUCUCCUCCUCCUCCUCUCACCUCCCCUCCCCUGAACUCUACCCUGUUAGACUACAAGAGGAGUACCUCAGGCUGUCUGAUGUCUAUAAGAUGUAUGGGAAUGCUUCUGGGCAGCCUCACUCUUCCUCCCCUGCUGCUCUCCACUGCGUCUCCCUCUCUGUAUCUCCAGCUAUGCCAUGCGAGGAGUACAUCACAGUCAGUCAAUUAAGUCAGAUCUUUGGGAUGCAGAGACUGAAUCCCUCCUCCUCUGCCUCUAUUCCAUCAUUCCACAUUGCCUCUUCUGAAUCUGUCUUCUCGUGCCACUCAACUGCAUGUGGCCCUUCCUCCUAUCUCUCUGCACAGAGUCAGCCUGAGCUGAGCAGGAAUGCAAUGCCUCCUAUUAAUCUCGAGCGCUGGUACCAGGACAUCAUGGCGGCUGGAGAGGCUCAGUCGUGUCCUCCACCGCUGCCUGCCAAGUCUUUUUCCGCACGCAGACAAGGGCAGCUGUUGAAGUCCAAAUCAGAUGGCGAGGUUGGCCUGGCGGCGUCAUGGGCCCCAGCCCUGCCACACUCCAGCGCUCAUGAGAGAGACGCAUCCACCAAGGGGUUACAGUUAGCUCUGGGAGAGAUGUCAACGCCGUUAGACACGGAGUCCAGGAGGCAGAUGGUUGUACAGAGCAAAGACGUGUCUCCCACUGUCCAUCACUCCAUCCUGCAUCACCAGUCGCCACCGAGCGGAAACCAGGCGUACGACACCCUGAGUCUGGAAAGCUCCGACAGCAUGGAGACCAGCGUCUCCACCGGCAACUCCGCCUGCACCCCGGAAAGUGCCUGUGGGUUAGAGACCCAGAGGAUAGAGGAGAUGGAGAAGAUGUUGAAGGAGGCGCAGCAGGAGAAAGCCCGACUCGUGGAGAACAGAGAGAGGGAGGUGCAGGCUCGGCGGCAGAUGUUGGAGGAGGAGCGGAGGAGGCGAGAGGAGGCCGAGAGAAGGCUUCUGGACGAGACGGCCCACAGGCAGAGGCUGGUGGAGGAGGAGGUGAAGAUGAGAGAGAAAAACUUCUCCCAGGCUCGUCCAAUGACGCGCUACCUGCCCAACCGUAAGGAGGAGUUUGACCUGCGCGCCCACGUGGAGUCGUCCGGCCACAGCAUCGACACCUGCCCCUUCGUCAACCUCACCGAGAAGAUGUGUAAGGGUCACCUGGUGAAGAUGGGCGGCAAAAUCAAAUCCUGGAAGAAACGCUGGUUCGUUUUUGACCGUCUCAAGAGGAACUUCUGUUAUUAUGCGGACAAGCAUGAAACCAAGCUGAAAGGACUCAUUUACUUUCAGGCGAUUGAAGAGGUUUAUUAUGAUCACCUACGCAGUGCCACCAAGAGCCCCAAUCCCUCUUUAACCUUCUGUGUGAAAACCCACGACCGGCUCUACUUCAUGGUGGCCCCGUCCCCGGAGGCCAUGAGGAUCUGGAUGGAUGUCAUAGUAACGGGCGCCGAAGGCUACACGCAGUUCAUGAGCUGAGGGACCAUGUGUCGGGUGACAGGUUGGGAGGAUGAUGGGGACUGAGCGAGCACCGUGACACCUGCGAGGCAACCUGAGCUGCUCCCCUGCUGGGGCUGGAGCUGAGGCUGAGGACACGCGGCAGAUGUGUCCGGGAUGGACAUCUGAGGAGACACUUGAUCUGGUGCUCAUAUAAAAGAAGCCUGAUGCUUUGGUGCAAAUGAAGGCUGAGUCUUGACAUAGGUGCUUUUUUUUUUGUAAGAAUUCUCAAGUUGGACUGAGACUGAGCAGCCUGCCUUUGGAUCUAUGAAGGGAAGCUUUCUAGAAACAAAACCGUAUUAAACUCGUUCUAUUACCAAAAUGUAUUUUAAAUACUUACAAUAUGAUUUCGGGAGGUUUCUGGAGGAACACUUGGAAUAUUUCUUACUUCACAUAAGCUCAAACUCUUUACAUCUCGGAAGCCGAUCUGUGCAUGCGCAGUAUUAAUCUAACUUUUCUCUCUUUUUGAUACAUUUGUACUUUUCCCUGCAGUUUGUUAACCUUCCGAUUAAAAAAGUAUCUUUUAAUAUGUCAAAAACACUAAAAGGAAAACAGAGUUCUAUAGCAAGUAUCUUAAAAUAUUUUUAAAGAGUCAUAUAUUACGCAGCUUUGGUGCCAAAUACUUUAUGAAAUGUUUUUAUCUGAUUUUUACAAUACAAAUUUUAAUAUCACUCAAUAUACAGUGCAAUAUUAUAAGGGCUUUUCAUUCAGAUAAAUAAUAGCAUUCAUGUGUAUUAUAAAAAAACAUAUUUGCAUUUUAACAGUAAUCAUAAAUUAUAGUCCUGUAAUGAUAUUGUAAAACUACCGUGUAUAUCUAAUGAAUAAAAGUAUGUGAUGAAUCUGAUGCUUUGUUUAUCUGACAAACUAAUUUGUUCCAGACAAAUCGGCUAAACUGAACACGUUCACUUACAAUCCAGCUCCUUCCUUAAUUAGUGUUUCUCGCAAUUAAGUCAUUCAUUUUUUCAGCUUUCUUUAAAAAACCUCAUAAGCCCUUAAACGCUCCACACGUUUCAUGUUAAAUGGAGAGCACACAAAAGGUGUUUGCUUCAAGCCACUACAACUCCUCUAUUUACACAACCACAGUCAGGUAGUGGAAUUAGUUAAUGAUCUCAUUAACUCGUUAACUGUAGAAGUUGUUGUUAGAGAACUGAAAUCAUGUGUUUCUGGCUCAGUGUAAUUCAUUUGAUGUCUUGCCCUGAACUAUAGUCUAUUUAAAAAUGAGAAGGAAAAAUAAACAUG